UUCCGUUUUGCUUUUGGAUACAUUUAUUGCUGGCAUUAGCUUGACGUCUCAUCUGCAAAUUAAAACCCUAAAAUCCACUCAAAAUUCCCAAAUUCACUCACCAUAGCCUCGUCAGCUCUUGAAUUUGCAACUUUUUUUUAUUUGAUUUUAAUUUUUUUGUUGAAUAAAUUGUGGUUGGGGAAUUUUUGAUCGGGUAUGGCGGUGUUGCUGGAGGAGAUUGUGCAAUCGGUGGAGUUCUGGCUGAAGAUUCUGAGCAAGAAGAAGCCGCAGCCCUACGUUAACCCGGACCUCGACCCGGUUCUCCUGGUGCCUGGUAUCGCCGGGUCGAUUCUCCAAGCAGUGGAUGACGAGAAUAGCAAAGGUAAUCGCGUCUGGGUUCGCUUCCUUGGGGCCGAUCACGAGUUCCGCACCAAGCUCUGGUCCCGCUUCGAUCCCUCUACUGGUCAAACUGUGUCUUUAGAUCCAAAAACUAGUAUUAAUGUUCCUGAAGAUAGAUAUGGAUUGUAUGCUAUCGAUGUGUUGGACCCUGACCUGAUCGUUGGACGUGAUUGUGUUUGUUAUUUCCAUGAGAUGAUUGUUGAAAUGCUCAAGUGGGGUUUCCAAGAGGGCGAAACUCUUUUUGGGUUUGGCUAUGACUUUCGACAAAGUAACAGGUUGCAAGAUACAUUGGAGAGGUUUGCUGCUAAGUUAGAGGCAGUUUAUAAUGCUUCAGGUGGAAAAAAGAUAAAUCUCAUAAGCCAUUCAAUGGGUGGUCUUCUGGUGAAAUGUUUCAUGUGCCUGCAUAGUGAUAUAUUUGAGAAAUAUGUAAAGAAUUGGAUUGCAAUCGCUGCACCAUUCCAAGGUGCCCCGGGCUAUAUUAAUUCUGCAUUUCUGAAUGGAAUGUCAUUUGUUGAUGGGUGGCAGCAGAAUUUUUUUAUUUCAAAAUGGAGCAUGCACCAACUGCUGAUUGAAUGUCCAUCAAUAUACGAAUUGAUGGGUUCUCUGAACUUUGAUUGGCAACAUGAUCCUCGUCUGGAAAUCUGGAAAGAGAGGCAAGAUAGUGAUGGAAAUUCUCGAGUCAUCCUAGAGUCAUACUCCCUAAAAGAGAGUAUAGAAAUUUUGAAAGAAGCUCUUUCAAGUAACACGGUCAAUUAUGAUGGGAAUGAUCUUCCUCUUCCUUUCAACUUGGAGAUCUUGAAAUGGGCUGAUGAAACAUGUGGGAUUUUAUCUUGUGCCAAGGUUCCUCCAGGAGUUAAAUUCUUCAAUGUAUACGGGAUCAAUCUUGAGACUCCUCACACAGUUAGUUAUGGAAGCGAGGACGCACCAGUGAAAGACCUACAGGAGCUAAGAUAUCUCCUGGCUAAUUAUGUUUGUGUUGAUGGUGAUGGAACGGUUCCUGCGGAAUCAGCCAAGGCUGACGGGCUAGAAGCAGAAGCAAGGGUGGGAAUUCCAGGUGAGCAUAGAGGAAUUCUUUGUGAUCACCAUUUGUUUAGGAUUCUCAAGCACUGGUUAAAGGCCGACUCUGAUCCCUAUUACAACCCCGUAAACGAUUAUGUGAUUUUACCUACUGAAUUCGAAAUGGAAAGUCACAGAGAGAAAGGCCUGCAGUUUACUUCUCUUAAAGAAGAGUGGGAAAUCAUUUCAGGAGAUCCAGACGGCGACCAUAACGUGGCUGAUAAAAAGCCAUCGGUGAGCUCAAUAUCAGUAUCGCAAGCAGGAAGUGAAAAAUCUGCACGGGCAGAGGCUUGUGCCACUCUUGUUGUUCAUCCACAGAGCGAGGGCAAGCAACAUGUUGAGCUAAAUGCCAUCAGUGUUUCUGUUGAUGCUUAAUAUUAAAAAAAAAAAAAAAAAAAAAACUAACAAAAAAGAAACUGAGUGUUAAGGGAUGAAGUUACUUCUGUAAAUAUGUUUGUAUGAUAAAAAAUGUUACGUAUAACGUAUUUGUAUAUAAAUGCUUAUUGUGCAAAUAUCAUGGUAUUUGGCUAAGAAAUUAAAAAUAGAUAUGCUAAUUGUA